GAAACUUGAAAUGUUCAAUGAACAGAUACAGAACGGGGGAAUGGGAGCAACAGUUACUGAACGAGAUGAUGCCAAGAAAUAGCUAGAGACAACAGCGAGUUUCGUCGGUCAGGGGUUGCGAUUACAGUCUGUAUCACCAAGACUCACCUUCCACCGAUUUCAGAUACUCAAUUUCUUUUGCAACCGAGAGACUACCACCAUCUUGAACUUGGUAUUGAGUGGUGAAGAAUCAAACACAAGAAUUCACUGGAAUCAGCUUUCAAGUUGUCACUCAAGAAAACAUCAACCAAAAAUGUCAUUCCCAAACCUCCCCCCCAAGCCUCCCACCAGACAAAUCCGCGCCCUCCAAGAUCAAGAUGGCGCAACAAUAACAGUCUACCAAGCCUACCCAUCCACCAUCGCCACAGCCGCCGUCGCCCACCAGCGACUCGAUGCUUCCCCAGACUUUCGCACCACUCGUAUGACCUGGAUCAAGCCCAGCUGGGCCUGGAUGCUCUACCGCUCCGGACAUUCUUACAAGGACCCGGGACAGGAGCGCAUACUGGCUAUCAAGAUGAAACGGGAGGAUUUUUUGGGGUUAUUGGGUAAGGGGGUAUUGACUCAUGUUACUACUUCUACUGCUACUGCGAGUCCUCGGUCGGGGUCACGUCAAAAGCAACAGCAGCAGGAGGAAAUGACAAGUGAUUCCCAAGGAGGAACAAACACGGAGACGGAGAAGAAGGCGUCCAAAAAGAUCAGCAGGGAAAGCAAAAGAAAAGACAGGUUACAGUCACUCAACGUCAAGAUCCAAUGGGAUCCCGAGCGGACGGUGCGGCUGGAUAGUCUGAACUAUCGCAGUAUUCAGAUUGGGAUACCGGCUGGGUUGAUCAAAGAGUGGGCGGAAAAUAUGAUUGUGAGCAUUGAGGAUGUCACAAAUAAGGCGAGGGAGUUGAAGAGGAUACUUGAUGAGAGACCAGAUGUGAUUGAUGAGGAACUGGCAGAGUUGGGACUGGUUCCAAAGGAGACUGAGUUCGAGGUGCCAGUUGAGUUGAGAAGUAGAUUAGGGAUGUCUCAUGACGCUCCUGGGUUGGUGACUAGGACUAGUUUCUGAUAUAGUCUCUGUUGUACUAGAGACAACAAGAGAAAGGAACUACUAA